AUGGCUGAGUCCUCGCAAUCUCCUCACCGCUCGCUCUACAAAGUGAUGGGUUCCCCGUCUUGGAAAGAGGCUUUCAGGCAGGGAUGCCUGGAAAGAAUGAAAAACAGCCGGGACAGGCUGCUGAACAAGUACCGCCAGUCUGGAUGCACUAUGCCAGGAAGACCUAAAAAUAUCCUUCUAGUGCAAGAGGUGAUGGAAGAGGAAUGGAAUGCUUUGAGAGCAGUGGACAGUGAUCCAGAGGCUCAGGUGGAGGAGCCAGUGGACCUGGCCAUAUUUGAGGAAAUCCAGCAGGAGCUGAUUGACCAAGAACAGUCCAUCAUCAGUGAGUAUGAGAAGAGCUUGCAGUUUGAUGAACAGUGUCUGAGCACCAUGCUGGCUGAGUGGGAAGCAAACCCCCUCAUCUGUCCCGUGUGCACAAAGUACAACCUGAGAAUAACAGGCGGUGUGGUUACGUGCCAGUGUGGCUUGUACAUCCCCUCUCAUUCUCCAGGACUGACAGAGCAGCAGCUCCGAGCUUUCUUAGAAGACUGUGUCCAUGACCACAGUAUACACUGUCCCCACACACCUGCAUUUUCAGUCACUGAGGAAACAGAGGAGAAGCCCACGCUGCUCAUGAGCUGUCUGGCUUGUGAUACUUGGGCUGUCAUCCUGUAG